AUGGCAAAUCAAUUCGAUUAUGAACUUUCUCAAGAAGUUAUGGAACUGGAAUACAAUGCAAUUGCAGAAAAUAAUAAUCAAACAAUAAAUCAGCUUAUUGUUGUUAAUGAUAAUCGGUUUGAUAUGAUAUUUGGACAAGCAAGACCUUGUACAUCAAGUUCUUUUCAUUGGCUACGAAAUAAAUGGAUGCUUCUGAUGAUUUAUGUGAUUCUUAUCAUUUAUUCUGGUUAUAUUUAUCUUGCUCCGAUUAUCUUUCGAUCAAGUAUUGAAGAUUUAUCACUGUAUAAUACGUUAACGUUUCUCGAAAUAGACAAUACUUAUCAAGAUCGUGAAAUGAAAGAAGAUAAUAGAUUUUGUUAUUUAAAUACAAUAGUACGGAAUAAACACAAUGAUAACAUCAAUGAGCCAAAUAUCGAAGACAUAUUGAAAGAAAGUUCUACAAUACAAGUAUUCAAUGAUUUAACAUGCACAUUAUAUGAUAUAUUUCGAUAUGCAUUCAUUAAAUUAUUUUGUUGGAAAAAUGAUAUCAAAGAUAUUACUCCAAUUGAACUGCAAGAUAAUAUGUCUGAGAAUAAUCUUCGUGCUGAUGAAAAAACAGAUAAAACAUUAUUAUGUAUUAAAAGUUUCUUUAUUGAUGUUGUGAAUGGUAGACAAUCAAAAAAGAGAAGUCUUACAAAUGAACAAUGUCUUUCACAAACAUUAUCAUUGAAUACAUCAUUUGAUCAAAUAUUACAAACUGAACAAAAGACUUUUGAUAAAAAUGAAGUUAAUCGUCGAAAACUUAUACCUUCUGUUCAUCCUUAUAAAGGAUUAUUUAAAUCACAUAUUCCAUAA